AUCAUCUUUUUGACAUACCCACUGAUACCGAGCCUCAAGACUGUGGCCGCGAUUUUCGGGAAAAAACAACACACCUUCACGCCAAUUUGAACGAGCCUUAGACAGUCAAUACGAGAAAAUAUCACAUAGUCAAGAUGGGAGAUUUAAACAGUUCAGUGGAUUUUUACCCAAAGAGCCAGCAGAGAGAGCAGAACCAUGCCAGUGGGUUCGGCUGUACAUUGCAGGAGCUCCGUUCUCUCAUGGAGUUGCGAGGAGCCGAAGCUAUUCAAAAAAUACAAGACAGUUAUGGUGAUGUCCAUGGCCUUUGUAGGAGACUGAAGACUUCACCCACUGAAGGUUUAUCAGACAACUUAGCAGAUUUCGAGAAGAGAAGGCAGAUAUAUGGUAUGAACUUUAUACCUCCCAAAAAACCCAAAACCUUCCUGCAAUUAGUAUGGGAAGCACUCCAGGAUGUGACUCUUAUCAUUUUGGAAAUUGCUGCUAUUGUGUCCCUGGGGCUUUCAUUCUAUGCACCACCAGGGGAACAGAGCAGAGAUUGUGGAAAUGUGGAAACUGGUGGUCACGAUGAAGGGGAGUCGGAGGCCGGGUGGAUCGAAGGGGCGGCCAUAUUACUAUCUGUCAUUUGUGUGGUGUGGGUAACAGCCUUUAAUGAUUGGAGUAAAGAGAAACAGUUUCGGGGGCUACAGAGUCGCAUUGAACAAGAGCAGAGAUUCUCUGUCAUACGAAACGGACAAGUCAUACAGAUUCCCGUGGCUGAGCUCGUUGCGGGAGACAUCGCCCAAAUAAAAUAUGGCGACCUGCUGCCCGCAGAUGGAGUUUUGAUCCAGGGAAACGAUCUAAAAAUUGAUGAAAGCUCGCUGACAGGAGAAUCCGACCACGUGCGCAAGGCUGCAGAUAAGGACCCGAUGCUUCUCUCUGGUACCCAUGUCAUGGAGGGAUCUGGCAGAAUGGUAGUGACAGCAGUUGGCAUAAAUUCACAAACCGGGAUCAUUUUCACCUUGCUUGGAGCUGGUGGAGAGGAGGAGGAAAAGAAGGACAAGAAAGGAAAGCAGCAGGAUGGGGCAUUGGAGAAUAAUCAGAACAAAGCUAAAAAACAGGAUGGAGCAGUUGCCAUGGAGAUGCAGCCACUGAAGAGUGCAGAAGGAGGAGAGGUUGAGGAGCGAGAAAAAAAGAAAACCAGCAUACCCAAAAAGGAGAAGUCAGUAUUGCAAGGGAAGCUCACCAAAUUGGCUGUCCAAAUAGGAAAAGCAGGUCUGGUGAUGUCGGCUAUCACGGUAAUCAUCUUGGUGCUCUACUUUGUGAUUGAAACCUUUGUGGUCGAGGGCAGAGUGUGGCUAGCGGAAUGUACCCCUGUCUACGUUCAGUACUUUGUCAAAUUCUUCAUCAUUGGCGUCACUGUUCUAGUGGUGGCGGUGCCAGAGGGCCUUCCCCUAGCUGUUACCAUCUCUCUAGCCUAUUCUGUCAAGAAAAUGAUGAAAGACAACAAUCUUGUGCGGCACUUGGAUGCAUGUGAGACAAUGGGGAACGCCACUGCUAUUUGCUCAGACAAGACAGGGACUCUGACUACCAACCGGAUGACAGUUGUCCAGUCUUUCAUGGGUGAUGUCCAUCAUAAAGAAAAGCCAGAUCCCAACUGCCUCAAUUCCAAAGCCUUGGACCUGCUUGUCAAUGCCAUUGCCAUUAACUGUGCCUACACCACCAAGAUACUACCUCCAGAGAAAGAAGGAGCUCUUCCCCAGCAAGUAGGCAAUAAAACUGAGUGCGCCCUGCUUGGGUUUGUUCUGGAUAUGCAACGGGACUACCAGCUGGUGCGAGACCAGAUCCCUGAGGAGACGCUCUAUAAAGUGUACACCUUCAACUCUGUCCGUAAGUCAAUGAGCACCAUAGUUUGCCUACCUAAUGGAGGAUACCGCCUGUACAGCAAGGGAGCCUCAGAGAUUAUGCUUAAAAAGUGUUCAAACAUCCUAAACGCCAAUGGAGAGCUCCGCACAUUCCGACCUCGAGAUAGAGAAGAAAUGGUAAAAAAGGUCAUUGAGCCAAUGGCAUGCGACGGUUUGCGUACCAUCGGUAUUGCUUAUCGGGAUUUACCGGGGAUCCCAGAGCCGGAAUGGGAAAAUGAAAAUGAGAUAGUGGGAGAUCUGACUUGUAUCGCUGUGGUGGGGAUUGAGGAUCCUGUAAGACCAGAGGUCCCUGAAGCAAUUCGGAAAUGUCAGCGUGCCGGAAUCACAGUAAGAAUGGUAACUGGGGAUAACAUCAACACGGCACGUGCCAUAGCAGCCAAGUGUGGCAUUAUCCAACCGGGAGAGGACUUCCUAUGCUUGGAAGGAAAAGAGUUCAACCGACGCAUAAGGAAUGAAAAAGGAGAGAUAGAACAAGAACGUCUGGACAAAAUCUGGCCAAAACUAAGAGUCCUGGCUCGAUCGUCCCCUACUGACAAGCACACACUAGUAAAAGGAAUAAUUGACAGCACUGUUUGUGAACAGAGACAGGUCGUGGCGGUAACGGGAGAUGGUACUAACGACGGUCCAGCUCUUAAAAAAGCAGAUGUUGGUUUUGCAAUGGGUUUGGCGGGUACUGACGUUGCCAAGGAGGCUUCUGAUAUCAUCUUAACAGACGAUAAUUUUUCCAGCAUAGUGAAGGCCGUUAUGUGGGGUCGCAAUGUAUAUGACAGCAUUUCCAAGUUCCUUCAGUUCCAGCUGACAGUCAAUGUAGUUGCUGUGAUUGUGGCAUUUACUGGAGCCUGUAUUACUCAGGACUCUCCGUUAAAAGCAGUCCAAAUGCUUUGGGUGAAUCUAAUCAUGGACACAUUUGCCUCUCUGGCUUUAGCAACGGAACCCCCAACAGAAUCACUACUUUUGCGAAAACCUUAUGGGAGGAACAAGCCUCUAAUAUCUCGCACAAUGAUGAAAAAUAUACUUGGUCACGCUGUCUACCAACUCAUCAUCAUCUUCACUCUGCUCUUUGUUGGUGAAAUCAUUUUUGACAUCGAUUGCGGCAGAAACGCCCCACUCCACUCACCGCCCUCCGAACAUUACACCAUCAUUUUCAACACCUUUGUCAUGAUGCAAUUAUUUAAUGAGAUAAAUGCUCGCAAGAUACACGGAGAGAGAAAUGUUUUUGAUGGUAUUUUCGCAAACCCAAUAUUUUGUAGCAUUGUGCUGGGCACUUUUGCAGUCCAGAUUUUGAUUGUCCAGUUCGGAGGGAAACCCUUCAGCUGUGCACCUCUUAAUACUCAACAGUGGCUUUGGUGUCUGUUUGUGGGAUUGGGUGAACUUGUAUGGGGACAGGUUAUUUCCACCGUUCCCACAAGUCAUCUGAAGUGCCUGAAGGAGGCAGGACACGGACCGGGGAAAGACGAAAUAACAGACGAGGAAAUGGCUGAGGACGAGGAAGAAAUUGAUCAUGCAGAGAGAGAACUUAGACGCGGACAGAUUCUUUGGUUCCGUGGCCUGAAUCGAAUUCAGACUCAGAUGGAGGUAGUGAGUACCUUCAAGAGAAGCGGUUCAUUUCAGGGUGCCGUGCGUCGGCGUUCCUCAGUCCUCAGCCAACUCCAUGAUGUAACAAACAUUUCUACUCCCACUCACAUCCGAGUGGUGAAAGCAUUCCGUAGUUCCCUCUACGAAGGCCUAGAGAAACCUGAAUCAAAGACCUCUAUUCACAAUUUCAUGACUACCCCUGAGUUUCUGAUCAACGAUUAUAUCCAUAACAUCCCCCUUAUUGAUGACACAGAUGUGGAAGACAGUGAUGAACCUCCGGAGAAAGUGCUCUGGUCCAUCCCACCUCCUUCUCCUAACAAGAACAACAAUGCCAUAGAUAGCGGCAUUUACUUGACCACAGACACCAGCAGGUCAGCUGCCUCUUCCAACCCUGAAAGCCCUUUGCACAGUGUGGAGACAUCUCUCUAACAGAAUACCAAACUAGUCUUCAAGAACAGCGAGAAAUAGGACUUUUCGGACUCUUCUCUCUUUUUUUCCCCCUUUGUUUUCUUUUUCUUUUGUUCUGCUGGUAGGUCAGCAAAGCCAAAAUGAAACAACGAAGACAACAAUAGUCAACUCUGCCAAGCAACAACAAAAGUAGUCAUGAUACUCAAGACCAAAAUGUGUUACGAUUCCUUUAACAGAUUGGGUAUAGAUACUUCCAAAUGAACAAA